UCUUCAAGAUCUUCAAUUGCCAUCGCCGCAGUGGUCACCGUCGGUAGGUAGCCCUCGGAGGGAGAGCUGUUAGCCUGCGUGGUCACCAGCAUGUCUAAAGGAGAUGAUUCCCUGAUUGGAGGCAAAGAGAAAGGAGAGGAGCAGGUCAGAAGCCUGGCUUGGCGGCGCCUGGUGAAGCAGGGGGAGGAGGAGGUGCUGAAGAAGGAGGAGGAGGAGGAGGGCCAGGACUGCUGCUCCGACGACCUGAGCGUGCACCCGGACCUCCUGGAGCUGACGGUGGACCGAGAGAAAUGCCGCAGCAUCCGCAGGCAGUACCGGCAGCUCAUCUACAGUGUGCAGCAGAACCGCGAGGACAUCGUGAACACAGCCAGCGACUCACUGACUGAGGCCCUGGAGGAAGCCAACGUGCUCUUCGAUGGCGUGAGCAGAACCAGAGAGGCGGCCCUUGACGCCCAGUUCCUGGUUCUGGCUUCUGAUCUGGGUAAAGAGAAAGCAAAGCAGUUAAACUCUGACAUGAGCUUUUUUAAUCACGUCGCGUUCUGUGACUUGCUGCUGGUCUUUGUGGGCCUGAACUGGGUGGAGGACCAGCGUGAGGAGUUGAGCGACUGCGACGACAGCAUAGUGCUCUCCUUCUGGGGGAUGGUGCAGAAGGAGGCAACCUCUUGGAUGCUGCGGGCUGAAACAUUCCACUUCGUUUUUGGCUCAUUUAAGGCAGAACGUUCCGCGCGAAAGCCCCGGCUUGAAUAUCACAAGAGAGCUUGCAAAAUGGAAGGGAAUGGAGAUAUGCCUACGAAGUUGAGGAAGCUGGACGUGCAUGCCAACCAGGAAACGACAGAAAAGGAAGUAGAAAGAAUCUUGGGGUUGCUGCAAACCUACUUUCAAAAGUAUCCCGAUACUCCAGUGUCCUACUUCGAGUUUGUGAUCGACCCGAACUCGUUCUCCCGCACCGUGGAGAACAUCUUCUACGUGUCUUUUAUCAUCCGGGAUGGCUUCGCUAGAAUCCGGCUUGACCAAGAUAGGCUGCCCAUCUUGGAGCCCACUAACGUCAGCCAUGGGGAGGAAGAAAGUGACUGCUGCUCCUUCGGCAGGAAGCAAGGAGUUAUAUCUUUGAGUUUACAGGACUGGAAAAAUAUUGUCUCCACUUUUGAAAUUUCAGAGGCCAUGAUCAAAAACCCAUAUUAAAGAUUUUUGUUUGUAGUGCGUGACUCCAUCUUGCAUUGACGCUCUUAAAAUAGAACCUGAACAGAAGCAUAUGCCCUAGUAAACUAUUUUCAGUUGUC